AAAUCUUAAAAAAAAAAAAAAAAAAAAAAAAAAAAGCGGAUCUGAGGGAAAAGUCUCUUCAAAACACAGAGAUCCAGGAAAGCGAAACUGAAGCUUCAGGCACCUCCCCUCCGUAGGCACCACACCCCGGUGAUGCAGGCGAGGGUUGGUAUUGAGGAAGCAGAAGGUAAAGGAACGUCCAUAAAACGGGGCUAAAAACAUGUUUGUCUCACACUGUUUUGAAUGAACGCACAGACAUCAGAUGCUUUCUUCCUCAAAACAGAUGACUCUCUCCUCACCUUGUAGCAGAGACCUGUAAAGCAACCUGAGCAAAUUAUAAAGAGAAAAUUCAUUUAACUCACUUUUUAAGAAGGCAUUAAAUCUUCUGGAUUUUCCAUCGUUGUGGGAUUAUAGAGGAGCAUUCCCCUUUGAUUGUGCAAUUUCAAGAACUGGGUUUUAGAGGUCUGUCCAAAGUGGUUCAGCAGAUACAAGAGGCCCUGUAAAUGCUAUACACUUGCUGUCAUCAGAGAGAUACAAAGGAAUAUCAGCAUGGCAGAACAACCGAAGCUUCCAGAAAACACAGAUGACUGGACAAAAGAGGAUGUAAACAGGUGGUUAGAAAGCCAUAAGAUCCACCAAAAACACAGGGACAUCUUGGUUGCACAAGAUGUGAGUGGAGCAGUCUUGAAGUUUUUAAAGAAAUUAGAUCUUAUUGAAAUGGGCAUAACACAUGGACCAGCUGUCCAAAUAGAAGGACUGUUCAGAGAAUUGCAGAAAACAUCUUCUAAAGACCCUAUUCGGACAUCGGAGCAGAAAAAAGACAGUAAACAUGUUAGUAAAAAACAAGAAUUGGUCCAAAAGGAAAACAGAGACACUUCAAAGCAAAAACGAAAGAAUAAAGAGAACUCAGAUCCGGCGGAUAAUUCUGCUGUGAGUCCAGGUGAGAGAGAGUCUAAGUCACCAAAAACUGAGCUCACGGAAGAUGAAAGAGGAGACACGAAAGAAAAGCUGCCAGCCAAAGAACCAUCAUGUCGGUCACAUCCUUUUAAUAAAUUUGAUGAGCAAUGGCAUUACAAACUCCAUUUUAUUCUACAGCCUGAGACAGGACCACACAAUCUCAUUGAUCCAAUACAUGAAUACAAAGCCUUUACAAAUGCAGAAAAAACCACAGAAGAGGAUGGGAAAAUGAAAUUUAGCAAUGAGGUUUUCGAAUUUGCUUCUGCUUGCAUGAAUUCACGUACCAAUGGCACCAUUCAUUUUGGAGUGAAAGACAAACCCCAUGGGCAAAUUGUUGGUGUGAAACUCGCCAGUAUCACCAAGAAUGCUCUCAUUGACCACUUCGAUAAGAUGAUACCCAAGUAUUUUGAAGAGCAUCAAGUUCAACAAGCAAAGAGUUGCAUUCGAGUGCCAAGAUUUGUGGAAGUUUUACUCCCAGAUAGUACUGUGUCUGACAGGUUUGUUAUUGAGGUAGAUGUCAUUCCACAUUACUCUGUAUGUGGACAUGACUAUUUCCAGAUUAAAAAGCAAAUUUACAACAAUGACAACAAAAAGUGGGAACAAAGUUCAAAAUUCUCAGUCUUGGUGCGAGAUGGGGCCAGAACUGUGAACAUCGUGAAAAAUAAAACAGAUUUCAAAAUGUUCAAAUUAAAUUUAAAAACGUUGGCAGAGUCUAGGAAAGAAGCAGAAGACAAUUGCACAGCCAAAACAAACAACAGGCAUGAAGGGUUCAGGCUGGUUGAACUGUUGACAGGAAACCAGGAUUUGUUAGAUAAUUCAUACUAUGACUGGUACAUUCUUGUGACAAACAAGUGUCAUCCAGAUCAAAUACAAUAUUUGGAUUUUCUAAAGGAAAUUAAGUGGUUUGCUGUGUUGGAGUUUGAUCCUGAAUCUGAAAGCAAUGGAGUAGUCAAAAGUUUCAAAGAAAGCAGACUGGCAAACCUUCACUUUCCAAGUCAAUAUUCAGAAGGGAAAACCACAACAAAUGAGAUGAUUUCCACUCUGAAUCUCUACCAGCAACCAAGCUGGAUUUUCUGUAAUGGCCGGGUAGACCUUGGCACUGAAAAGUAUAAACCCUUGGAUCCAAUUUCCUGGCAGAGAGAGAGAGCAUCUGAAGUCAGGAAACUGAUUUCGUUUCUGACACAUGAAGAUAUAAUGCCCAAAGGAAAGUUUUUGGUAGUAUUUUUACUACUCUCCCCUGUGGACGACCCAAGAGACCCCCUCAUAGAGACGUUUUGUGCUUUCUACCAAGACCUCAAAGGAAUGGAAAAUAUACUGUGUAUUUGUGUGCAUCCACAAAUAUGUCAGGGAUGGAAAGAUCUGCUUGAAGCAAGAUUAACAAGAGAGCAAGACGAAUUGUCAAACCGGUGUAUCUCUGCUUUAAAUCUUCAAGAGAUAAACGGCACAAUUCUUAAACUAAAAUCUGUCACUCAGUCUUCAAAGAGAUUUUUGCCAUCUAUUGGUUCAUCUACUGUCCUGCUGAAAAAGCAAGAAGAUACCAUGACUGCUCUGGAAAUUCUCUGUGAAAACGAAUGUGAAGAUACACUCUUAAAGGAUGACAAAAAGAAAUUCCUUGAAUUCAAGGCAUCAAAAGAGAAAGCUUUCUAUCGAGGUGGCAAAGUCUCAUGGUGGAACUUCUAUUUUUCUUCCGAAAAUCAUUCUUCAGCUUUUGUCAAAAGGGAUAAAUAUGAAAGACUUGAAGCAAUGAUUCAAAACUGGGCAGACUCUUCUAAGCCAAUAUGCGCCAAAAUUAUCCACCUGUACCAUCAUCCCGGUUGUGGGGGGACCACCUUGGCUAUGCAUAUUCUCUGGGAACUAAGGAAGAAGUUCAGAUGUGCUGUGCUGAAAAAUAAGACCGUGGAUUUUUCUGAAAUUGGAGAACAGGUGACCAAUUUAAUAACCUAUGGGACAACCAACCAUCAGGAAUACUUACCUGUACUACUCCUUGUUGAUGAUUUUGAAGAGCAAGACAAUGUCUUCCUUCUGCAGUCUUCUAUUCAAACAGCUGUAGCUGAAAAGCACAUUCGAUAUGAAAAACCUCUAGUGAUCAUCCUAAAUUGUAUGAGAUCACAAAACCCCGAAAAAAGUGCAAAGAUCCCAGAUAGUGUUGCCCUGUUACACCAACUGUCUCCCAAAGAACAGAGAGCUUUCGAGCUUAAAUUGGAAAAGAUCAAAAAAGAGUACGAUAACUUUGAAGACUUUUAUUCCUUCAUGAUCAUGAAAACAAACUUUGAUAAAGAGUACAUAGAAAAUGUUGUCAGAAAUAUCUUGAAAGGGCAGGAUCCUUCCACCAAGGAAGCAAAGCUCUUCUCUUUUCUGGCUCUUCUUAAUUCAUACGUGCCUGAUACUACCAUUUCACUGUCACAGUGUGAGAAUUUCCUAGGAAUUGCAAAUAAGAAAGCUUUCUGGGGAACAGAAAAACUUGAAGAAAAGAUGGGCACCUAUUCUACAAUUCUGAUAAGAACAGAGGUGUUAGAAUGUGGGAUGUACUGUGGAGUGCGUAUCAUUCAUCCGUUGAUUGCAAGUCUCUCAUUGGAAGAAUUGAAGAACAGUUAUGGCUUGGGUAGAAGUCAGAUGAUGCUGGAUAUGCUAACAGAAAAUUUGUUCUAUGAGACUGGUAUAGGGAAAAGCAAAUUUUUGCAAGAUGUGCAGACACUGUUGCUCACAAGACACCGUAAUGAGCGUGAAGAUGAAACAGGAAAUUGGUUCUCCCCAUUCAUUGAAGCAUUACAUAAAGACGAAGGAAAUGACGCAGUUAAGAAGGUUUUAGAAAAAGGUAUCAGUCGGUUCAACAAAAACGCAUUCAUUCGCCAAGCCUUGGCAAGACAUUUCUACAUUAAAGAGAAGGACUUCAGCAAUGCUCUACAUUGGGCGAAAGAAGCAAAAAAAUUAGAACCCUACAAUUCUUAUAUCUCAGAUACACUGGGUCAAGUGUACAAAAGUAAAUUAAGAUGGUGGAUAGAGGAUAAUGGGCGAGGCAAUACCAUUUCAGCUAAUGAUCUCACUGACCUUUUGCAAUUAGCGGUACAUGCAGCAGAAGCAUUCAAAGAAUCUCAACGGCAAAGUGAAGACAGAGAAUAUGAAGGGAAGGAGCGCCUGUACCAGAAGUCAAAGAGGAAGUAUGAUACUUACAACAUAGCCGGUUACCAAGGAGAGAUAGAAGUGGGACUCUACACAAUCCAGAUUCUCCAGAUCAUCCCUUUCUUUGACAAUAAAAAUGAACUAUCGAAAAAAGAUAUGGUCAAUUUUGUCUCAGGAACUAGUGAUAUUCCAGGGGACUCAAACAAUGAAUUUAAGUCAGUCCUCAAGAAUUUCAUUCCUUAUCUAACCAAUUUACGAUUUUCUCUAAAAAAGUCCUUUGAUUUUUUUGAUGAUUACUUUGUCCUUCUAAAGCCAAGGAACAACAUCAAGCAAAAUGAAGAGAGCAAAACUCGGAGAAAAGUGGCUACAUGUUUUAAGAGGUAUCUAGAUAUAUUUGGUCCCUCAGUGGAAAUAUCGAACAAAGGUCUUGGAUCAAAGAUCAGUUUGUCACUUCAAGUACAGGAAUGCAGGAGAAGCCUAGAAGCUUUAAAAGCAGACAAGUUUUCAGGGCUCCUGGAAUAUCUUGUCAAAAGUCAAGAACACGCAAUAAGCACCAUGGAAAAUAUAGUGCAUAAGUACACGUUUCUCUUUGAACAAAGCACUGAGAAAAUCCAGCCAAAGGAAAAGCAAAAUUUCAUUUUAGCCAACAUCAUUCUCUCCUGCAUUAAACCGACCUCCAAGUCAGUGAAGACAAUUAAAAAACUGAAAGAUCAGCUUCAAGAAAUUUUGCAACAAGUAGGCCCGAAUUGCCGCUUUUCAGAACCUUAUUUCCUAGCUUCGCUCUUAUUCUGGCCAGAAAACCAACAACUGGAUCAGGAUUCUAAACAAAUGGAAAAGUAUGCUCAGUCGCUGGAGAACUCUUUCAGGGGGCAGUAUAAACACAUGUUUCGUACAAAGCAACCCAUUGCAUAUUUCUUUCUUGGAAAAGGUAACAAUAUGAACAGACUUGUCCACAAAGGAAAAAUUGAUCAAUGCUUUGAAAAGACACCUGAUAUUAAUUCCUUGUGGCAAAGUGGAGAUGUAUGGAAGGAGAGAAAAGUCCAGGAACUUCUGCUUCGUUUACAGGGUCGAGCUGAAAAUAACUGUUUAUAUAUAGAAUAUGGAGUCAGCGACAAAAUCACAUUACCCAUCACUCCUGCUUUCUGGGGUCAACUUAGAAGUGGUAGAAGCAUAGACAAAGUGUCUUUUUAUCUGGGAUUUUCCAUUGGAGGCCCACUUGCUUAUGAUAUUGAGAUCAUUUAAGAGCCUAAUCUCCUCUCCCCCGGGAAUGUGGUCUCAGUACCACCAAUUUUGUUUUUUAAAUCCAAGACCUAUUGUAUAAAUUUGUAGAUACAGCCCCAACAGCUUUUCAGGCCUGUCCACUUCUGCAUCGUAUGAGUCCUAAAAAGACUCUGGUGAAGGAAAGGGUGAGAGAUGUGGAAAGGAGCAGUCCUCUUCCCUGGUUUGUUUAACACCACCAAGGGAAAAAUAAUGAAGUCCUAAGGAUGGAAUAAGGAGAGGUAAAUGUAGUAAGCUGGCCAUACAGGACCUGACCACUUCCCCCAAUCACUCCGCCAACACAUGGACUAGAAGCUUGGCUACUUUCCUAUCAAGAGUGAAGUUUUUCAGAACAGGGAAAAAUAGUCAUAGUUCUAAGACAUUAAAAUGUCUGGAAAACAUUUCAUGAAAAAAGUAAAAUCCUUUCACUUUGAGGAGCAACAUCUGUUCUUACCAAGUAUGGCAUAAAGGGAUCAUCUCCAUGACAUCUUUCAAAACAAGACCAACCAAAUAGCUGAAGGUAAUACACUCAUAAGUCCCUCCUCCAAACAAACAAAUCAAACACAGAUACCCAGACUCCAAAGACUACUGAGCAAAAAGGACUACUGUGAAAAGACCAAUGAGCCCUCUACCCACAGAAUCCCCAUGUACUGGGAAGAACUGUGUACUGAAGAAAUCAACCAGUGAGGUAUAAUUAAAAUGUAAUUUCCCCUCAUAAAAUUACGGAUAUGGACAAUUGUCACUAACUGCCAAAAUCAUUAGAAAGUAAGCCGAAAGAAGCAACGUUGGAAGAGAUGAAACAGCUUGUCCUGAAUUCUGAACGAUAUUGGCAUCAGAGUGAAAGAAUCUGAUGCUAGAGGUCUAGAAGUACUAGAGGAACACACACAGUAUCUGUGAAACAUGAGCCAGAUAAUUAAUCCUGAAUUUCAUCAAGCCUCUGGAUCUUACUUCCCACUUCGAAGAAACACAAGAAAAGAAUCAUGUUAAACACCAACAUAAAAAUGUAGUCAACAAUAUCCAGAAAAAGGAAACUCAAAAGACAGAUGAAGAAACCAAAGAAAUUGCAAAAGGACCCAAAAGGGAGACUCACCAGCUAAAUGCAACAUGUUGACUUUGGACCCUGAUUUAAACAAACUAAUUCUAAAAGACAUGAGUAGACAAUAAGAAAUUUGCAAGAUUUCAAUGCAUAUUGGAAAAUAUGAAGGUGUGAUUGUUGAUUUGUUCCAUGAGACAAUACUACCACUCUGGUUAUGUUUUCAAGAAUGUUUUUUAGAUAUGUACUGAAGUUUUUGUGAAUAAAGUUUUUGUGAAUCUA